GAAUCCCCCGAACCUCCCAACCCGGAGACCGAUCUGUACGAGAUUCUCGGCGUCUCCAACGAUGCGACCGCAGACCAGGUCAAAUCCGCCUAUCGCAAGCAAGCCCUCAAACACCAUCCUGACAAGGUUCCUGCCGAAGAACGCGAGGAAGCAAACAAGAACUUCCAGCAAAUCGCUUUCGCCUACGCCAUCCUCUCUGACGCGAAACGCCGCGAGAGAUACGACCUGACCGGCAGCACCAGCGAGGCGGUCGACAUCGACGACGAUUUCAAUUGGGCGGACUUCUACCGCGAGCAGUUCGCCCAUGCGGUCGAUAUCAAUGCUAUCGAUAAGCUCAAGCAGGAGUAUCAGGGCUCCGCGGAGGAGGAGCGAGAUGUGUUGGCGGCGUAUGAGACUUACCGGGGCGACUUGGAUAAGGUCUACGAGACUGUGAUGCUUUGCAAUGUGCUGGAUGACGAUGAGCGCUUCCGGGAGCUCAUCGACCGGGCCAUCGCUGCGGGGCGCGCGAAGAAGCACAAGAGCUACGUCGAUGAGCCGGCGACGAAGCGCCAGCGGCGACUGAAGCGGGCGCAGAAAGAGGCCAAGGAGGCGGAGGCGUUGGCGGCGGAGGUCGAGGAGAAGCAGUCGGCUAAGAGCGGCAAGGGCGGCAGGAAGACCACCAACAAGACGAAGAGCGAUGGGGACAAUGAGCUGAUGAGAUUGAUCCAGCAGCGCCAGGCCACGAGGGCGGAUGCGUUCUUCGAUCGGUUGGAGGAGAAGUUCGUGAAACCCGGUCGAAAGCGGGCGGCCAAGGUGGACGAGCCCCCGGAGGAGGCCUUUGCAGCUACUGCGGCGCGAAAGACAGCCAAGAAGAAGAGAAAAACAGAUGCCUAG